GGACUGAAGCAUAAACUGGACAGGGGGAGUGGCGCUAACCCAAAAAUUCUCCAAUACUUAGAAUAAUGCAAUUUAAUGCCAACAAAAAUCUGCUCACAAUCUACGUUCAGGUGUUUUUCUCUAGGCCUACCUGACAAGAACGCAAGAAAGCCAUGUGGUGUUGUUUUUUGGCAAAGGAGACAUUUGUCACAAAAAAAAGAAAAGUACAAAUUAUAAUGCGAAGUUGUGUUUACGAGCAUGCGAUUUUAAAAUAUAAAAUAAACCACGUUCGUGUGUGCGUUUACGUUACCUGGUCCAUAGAACUUUUUCCCACGAGUCACGUCGAAUACUUUGUUAUUGACAGCCAUGAGAAUCCUUGGGUUUAUGAGACCAUCGUAUGGCUUCAGCUCAGACAAGGUAAAAUCUCUUUUUUUGAGUUUGGGCAGCUGUGGUUCCACCUCCCCUAGGUCUAUCGGGGUGUCGCCUUUAAAGAUCUUAUACAGAAGAAACAAGCACAGAGCAAGCAGGCACAGAUUCAACGGGGACGUAAAGAUCUCUUGCAGAAUUCCAGGCGAAGUUUUCUCGCUUUCCUCGACGUCAUCCAUGUUCGCUUCUCUGUGCGCUAUGCUGCUGGGAGGAAGAGGGACGACUGAACAUUAAUGGGACAAACCACGGGUCGUGCGCAUGUGCAGCGGUAUAUCUACCGAGACAUUGGCUUAUUGUUCUACCAAUCGGAUAACUUUGAUUAUUUAUACACGGAACAUGUUUAUUUUACGUAUAGUUGCGUAUGUAUCAAGCGCUGCUCGAACGAUUAUAUUUACUGGAUUAAAAAAAAAGCGAACUAUUUUCCCCAAAGUAUUCACGACGUCACUGUGUGAAGUCAUCCCAUCCGUUGUGUGUCACAUGUAACGCCGCGCAUCCGCUUAAUGGAAACCGCCGUGAGGAGAUGUUUAGUUCCUCCCGACCCAACGCUCCCGAGUAGUUCGUUCUGUAUAGCCGGUUAACUUUAACAUUGUUUGGUACAUGAUGUAUGUCAUCCCUUCUAUCCAUCCUUUAGACCGCCACGUACAUGUCCGCAGUCACUUCUUUUUGAGGUUAUUGACGGAACUGUGUUUUGUUGUGAUGUCGCUCAGAGGACAUUUUUAACUUGUUUGUUGAUUUCAGAUAUUGCGCAACGGUGGCAACAGUCCGCCGGGCUAGCUUGGCGAUAUCCUUCACCCCGGAGCAGAGAUGACACACAGGGCUUUCGCUUUCAAUCGAUUUCGGUAGCUGGAAUAAUCAUUCAUCAUCAUAAUUUGUUAAGCAUUGGUUGUACUCGUCUUCUACCGACUCGGUAGUCAUCGGAUGUAGUUUGAGAUUCGACUGAUUUGAUUCAGCGCAUCGAGUGACCCCUGUCGGCUCGGUUCUGCUUCUCCUCCCUGCGUCCCCAUCCCGGCCCGGUGUGUCCACACCACUAUGAGUGCGAUGCGGGUUGAUACCAAAGUUGUCAUGUUGGGGAAAGAGAGUGUAGGCAAGACGAGCCUGGUGGAGAGAUACGUCCACCACCGCUUUCUCGUCGGGCCUUACCAGAACACGAUUGGAGCCGCUUUCGUUGCCAAACCCAUUCAAGUAGGGGACAAGGUAGUCACCCUGGGAAUAUGGGACACUGCUGGGUCUGAGCGCUACGAGGCCAUGAGCAGGAUCUACUACAGAGGUGCCAGGGCGGCCGUCGUCUGCUACGAUCUCACAGACAGCAGCAGUUUCCAGCGGGCGCGGUUCUGGGUGAAGGAGCUCCAGAACUGCGAGGAGCACUGCAAGAUCUACCUGUGCGGUACCAAGAACGACCUGGUACAGGCAGACAGAGGCCUGCGUCAGAUAGACUUCCACGAUGCCCAGGACUUUGCUGAAGAGAUCGGAGCGCAGCUCUAUGAGACAUCUAGUAAGACUGGAAAUAAUGUUGAUGAGUUAUUCCAGAGGAUUGCAGAGGAAUACAGCGACUCCGCCUUCCAGUAUAUGUCAAACGAGGCCGGUGUGGACCUGAGCCAAAAGAAGGACUCCUAUUUCUACUCUUGUUGCCAUAACAACUGACUGUAAGGGAUGAGGGGUCACAGUGGGAAUGCCCCUCAGGAAGAGCCAAGAGCCUGGAAUCACCACCAAGGAGAGGGGAAAAGGGGGAGGGACGAACGAAGGAAGGAAGGACGUUCUUUGGCUCAUCGCUGGAAUCUCAUUGGUGGUUUGACUCGAGCGAAAGAGGCUUCUUGGGAGGCGAGACUUGAGAUGGCGCACCGAUCCCAGGGCCUGGUUUCACAUUGUUCUCACUUUCAUUUGAAGACUCGUGGGUGUUUUUUAGGUUUUUCCAGAAACCUCUGAACUCAUCUAAAACAAGUGUGGUGGAGGGGUGGUUUUCCUCCUGUUUAUGUUAGGCUUUGUUUGUUUUUUUGUGAGUGUUUACAUCCCUGGAAACGAAAUGCGUCUUAUUUUAUCAUGUACACGCCAUGGUGGACUCAUUCAAAUCUUGACCCACAAUUGUGAAGCCAUUAUUUUAAGCUAUGUAAAAAAACACAAAGGAAAAAACAACGUUUGGCAGAUCCUUGUGUUAAAGUGUUGAGACAUUAAUAAAUAAAAGUUCACUGGCGUGUUUUAAAAAUAAUGUAUGAAUGCUGCAGUGACACUUUGAACUUGCUGGAAGAAAUACAUUUGUGUGUGUGUGUGUGAGAGAGACUUAAGUUUACAGUGUCAAUGGGUCUCACCUCCCCUCCAGAUAUCAUCAUCUGACACACAGGUUUUACCAACACAGGAAACCCAUGAGUGUUGUCACAUUUAAGUAACUGCAACGCCACAUGACUGCUACACUUUACUUGCACUGUGCUUUGGUCCAAAGCAUUACGAACAACCUACAACUGUUGCCUUUGUAGGAGUUGCUGCAUUAUUGUACACUCCUUUGUGAUAAAGUGUCAAUUAAUCAAUAUUUUGAAGCCAUUUAUUAUUUUUGUUCAGCCCCGGAUGCUUUUGUUUACUGUUCUGGAAUAUUAAGAGCAUACUCCUUAAAUGAGUGUUAUGACACAUGGAAGGAUUUGUCACAACCUGUUUUGUCUUUAGUUAGCUGUUAUGUUAUUUCAUUGUAUUUAUUUUAGCCCCACAAUUCUUAUUUUCUUUUGGAUUGUAGUGCAUAUUGUGGGCCAGGCAACAGUAUCUGGGAAAAACUGGAAAGUAAGUUUCAAUGGAUUUCUUAUGCAUUUAAGGAUAUUUUCCAAAGUCCAAAUCAUAAAACUAAAAUUGCCAAACAAAAGGAAAAAAUGUUAAAAAUGAUGCAUACGUUGAGCUGUGAUACUCUUGGAAUGUCUAUCAAAAAUAAACUUCAGUUUAAAAAAGCUGUUUGAGAUGGGGAAACUGACGUCAGAUUUCUGAUGAAAUGGCUUGCGGUCGUCACGGUGCUAGGAUUAUCCUAUGCACCUGGCUCUUUCGCAGCACGGGGAACUGAGUGGACUUCCUCUCCAUGUGUGAGCACAGGCCGACAUCGUUAUCGUAGUAUUUUAAACACUGGAUGCAGGAGUACGUCAGGUUUAGUAUCCACACCCAUCAUCACUAAUCGACUUGAGUAAUAAAAAAAAGAAGUAAUUAUCAGACAAUGUAGUUUCGUCACCAGCCACUUCUUUCUUGUUGCCUCGAAAGAAAGCAGAACUGGUAAAAUCCGCAGACCCUAGGACCAGCCGCUUCACAAAGAAAGAGGAGAGACCGAAAAAAAAAAGAGAAACCGCUGUAACCAGAGACCUUUAGACCCUUCAGGGCCGUUAGCGAGACUGCAUUGCUCCGCCUUUUAUGGUUCGGUAUAAAAGAGCCCACUGCUACAGGGAACAUGAUCAUUAAUACCUAAGAGGCUAAGCGGGACACCAUGCCGACCUUAGGUUGUGUAGUCAAUGGCAGCCGUUUGCAGCAUCUUGUGAGGAAAGGGGCAAAACAACCGGAGCUGUCGUCGAGGUUUUCCAGUUUUUUUUAUGAUCAGGGAGGAUUGUUCUAAUGAUGCUGUUUCAUAGUGUAACUGUACUAAGAAAUUAUGCCCAAUAACACGAUGUACCCAUUAUUGCUCCCAAUGAUUCAGCUAUGAGACCCACCAUGGUGCAGAACUGUCGCUCUAGGAUACGUAGACCAUCGCUACCAUGGCAACAUUGUCAUGCUUUACAUCAUCAUUACCUCCAUCAUCAAUUUGUACCACUCUAUAAAGAUUUACUCAGAGCCAUGUAGAGAUGGAUUUACUGAUUUGUGUCUAAUCCAAGCAAACAUAAUGCGCAUUAUUUUCAUAUGCAUCUUUUCGUGCAAAAAAUGUUCACUAAACUCUUCAAGGUGUUCAACGAAACUAAUGGUACCAACUGACUCAAACGAUUACUGUUUGUUGUGAUUG